ACCACAACAUUUCCUCUCUUGUUGUUUCUUCUCUUUCCCACUUUUCUUUGCUUAAUUUGUCUCCGCUAAUUUUGAUUAUGGUGGUUCUUUCGGCACCACUUGGUCCUGCAGUUUGUGCUAAUGAUGCCAAAGCUCUUGAGUUCAUUGAAGAGAUGACAACAGAUUGUGACUCCGUUCAGACGAGGGUUUUGGGUGAGAUCCUCGGUCGAAACGGCGAUACUGAGUACCUACGCCAAUUUCGUCUUGAAGGUGCAACAGACCGAGACACCUUUAAGGCUAAAGUCCCUGUUGUUACUUAUGAGGAUCUGCAGCCUUUGAUCCAACGUAUUGCUAAUGGUGACCGCUCUCCUAUAUUGUCCUCCCAUCCGAUUUCUGAGUUCCUCACUAGUUCUGGGACAUCGGCCGGGGAAAGAAAACUGAUGCCAACCAUUCAUGAAGAGCUGGAUCGUCGCCAGAAAUUAUACAGUCUUCUUAUGCCGGUUAUGAACCUUUACGUGCCGGGGAUGGACACUGGGAAGGGCUUGUACUUUUUGUUUAUUAAGGCAGAAACAAGGAUAAGUGGGCUCGUGGCUCGUCCGGUGCUCACAAGCUACUACAAGAGUGAGCACUUCAAGAACAGGCCAUAUGACCCUUACAAUGUGUACACCAGUCCCAACGAGGCCAUUCUUUGUGCUGACUCAUAUCAAAGCAUGUACACCCAGAUGCUCUGUGGACUCAUCAUGCGGGAAGAAGUCCUUCGAGUUGGUGCAGUGUUCGCUUCUGGCCUUCUCAGGGCCAUUAGAUUCCUUCAACUGAAUUGGAAGGAACUUGCCCUCGACAUCUCUACAGGAAACUUAAACCCUAAAGUGACCGAUUCUGCAAUUAAAGACCGAAUGGGGAAAAUCCUAGAGCCAAACCCAGAACUCGCUGAGGUCAUCACCAAAGAGUGCUCAAAGGAGAACUGGGAACGCAUUAUAACAAGAAUUUGGCCCAAAACUAAGUAUCUAGACGUGAUCGUAACUGGAGCCAUGGCUCAGUACAUCCCCACGCUUGAAUAUUACAGUGGUGGUUUGCCAAUGGCUUGCACUAUGUAUGCUUCCUCUGAGUGCUAUUUUGGCCUCAACCUUAACCCAAUGUGCAAGCCAUCAGAUGUUUCUUACACCAUAAUGCCAAACAUGGCCUACUUCGAAUUCAUGCCUCAUGAUGCUGACUCUCCAGCUACUUCUCGCGAGGCACCUCCUCACCUUGUCGAUCUUGCCGAUGUACAAGUCGGAAAGGAAUACGAGCUUGUGAUAACAACCUAUGCAGGCUUGUGCCGUUACCGUGUUGGUGACAUUCUCAAAGUGACAGGUUUUUACAACUCUGCUCCACAAUUUCGUUUCAUAAGGAGGAAGAACGUGCUCUUGAGCAUUGAUUCGGAUAAAACAGACGAGGCUGAGUUGCAAAACGCCAUUGAAAAUGCUUCCUUGCUUUUGAAGGAGGUCGACACUAGCGUUGUUGAGUACACAAGUUUUGCCGACACAACAACAAUCCCCGGUCACUACGUGAUUUACUGGGAGUUACUCGUUAAGGAUCCAGCUAAUUCACCCAGUCAUGAGGUGUUGAACAAAUGCUGCCUAGCAAUGGAGGAAAAGCUUAAUUCUGUGUACCGACAAGGGCGCGUUGCAGACCACUCCAUUGCACCUCUUGAGAUAAGGAUAGUAAAGAAUGGGACAUUUGAAGAGUUGAUGGACUAUGCUAUUUCAAGAGGUGCAUCAAUUAAUCAGUACAAAGUGCCAAGGUGUGUUACUUUCACCCCCAUCAUGGAAUUGCUUGAUUCCAGAGUUGUCUCAAGGCAUUUCAGCCCAGCUGAGCCCUUCUGGACCCCGGAGCGGUGUCACAAUUAGCUGCAUGUGGAUAAGGAAUAAAUUAAAUUUAAAUCAAUAAAACUGUAUGUACACACUUUUAAAUAUAUAAUUGACACAUAGAUAAUGUGAUAUCAUGUUGUCGGAUAAGUUUAAAUAAUUAUAAAGUAUCUUUCGAUUAUAUGAUAAUACAUCAUUCAUAUGUUCAAUUAUAUGCUAAAGAACGUGUACAUAAACAUCGUAGAAUCCCUUAGACAU